ACAAACUAAUCAUGAAUGAACAUCAAUAUGCUAGGAAUGAUGAAAGUAAGUCCGAAUGGGUCAUUAGUGCUUCAACUCAUGGUCAAUCAAAAUCUUCAUCACAACAAACCAUUUUACCAUCCGAAUGUAAACAUAGUUUCUACAACACAAUUCGAGCACAAUUACGUCAAAUAACUAUUUAUGGAUUCACAAAAGCUCGCUAUACAAUUAGUACAAAUCAAAUAAAUCAAAUGUCAUUAUUUUUCAAUCCAAGUGUACCGGAUCAUAUUUCUAUUUGUUUUAAUGAAAUGAAAUACGAAAUUAUUAUUCCUUAUGAAGAAAUUUGUAAAAUUGAAAUUAUAAAUUUUGGAAAAUUGUACUAUUAUCGUGAAAUAAAUCAUCCAUGGAUGUUAAAACGCAUUUUGUUAUACAGUGAUCCGACUGAUGGUUAUUUAGAUGAAGCAAUAUCAUUCUGUUUAAGACCAUUGAAUUCAGUAGAUUAUUAUUAUGCUCAAAAUGUGAAAACUGAAAUCAAUAAAUUGAGUCGAAUGAAAUGGAAAAAUUUACCGAAACAAAUUGGUAUAUUUCAUUCACCUAAAGUUAUGAUUGGUCAUAAAAAUGGUACAUGUACUCAAGUUACAAUACAAUCAAGUGGUACUAUUACGACACCAUCUGAACUAAAAUUAAAUGAGGUAUAUGUCACAUGUAUUUUUGCAACCGAAAAACGAGCGAUUUUCUAUCCCGUUAAUGGCACAUUUUAUCAUCUCCGAUUAUUCAUUUCGAGAAGAUUCCAAAAUAAACAGUGGAAUAAAACUUGGUUUAGAAAUAGCCGAGGAAUUUGGAUUAAAUUAAAAAAUGAAAGUGAUUGGAAUCUAGCAAAAUCUGAAAGUCAAUGUGGGAAAAUGGAAAGAGUGAUUGUAUAUUUUAAAUAA